GGGGCGUGGAAUCGGCAGAGGACCCGGAGGGCUGGAACUGACGCUGCAAGUCGGUUUGGGCGGUAGCCCCAUAGGACAAUUGGAAGGACUGGGGCCUCCGCCAGGGCGAGCGUGGAGCUUCCACACUGGUGUGUGGCGAAGGGCGGGGCGGGGCGAGGCGGAGCCAAGGGCUGCCACCACCCUUAACCACAUCUCCCUUCUCCCCAUCCCUCCGGAGGAAGGCCAAGGAAAAGGGCCCUUUAGUAAGGCAGUGGGAGUACAGAGGGAAAAGUGUAUGGCGGGAUCUGGUGGUCGCCUUCCCGCCAAGCUCACCCCAUUAGCGAACAACGCCCUCUGCAGGCGGGGCCUUUGCUUCUACGUCCAGGCCUAGUGGGGGCGGGGAAUCGAAGGGUGACCGUGAGAUUGGGCUACACAGAUUGGCCGAGGGGCGGAGCUAAUGACUCAAGAGUUUUCAUUUCCGGGUAGCGCUGCCGCCAUUUUGUGAGGAGGGUGAUAAACGGGCGCUGGGUUGUAGCGCCCCAUUCAGUUACUUUUCAGGUGAGGGAGGAGGAAGGUCGUGCAGCCAUUGCGAGGGUCGUGAAACCGGACCAAGUUCCCCAAAUCUCCUUCCACCGACACAGCCGCAGGCCCGUCUGAAGAGAAAGGGUCACCGGAGCCUCCGAGUUGCGGCGAACCGUCGGGGUCGCUGCUGCCACCUCUAGCUGAGCGCGCGCGCAGGCCCUCCCAGGGCGUUGAUUUCUCGGCGCGCAGCCUUCGGGCCGAGCCCUCGCCGGCCAUGAGCUACGGGCGUCCUCCCCCAGACGUGGAGGGGAUGACUUCCCUGAAGGUGGACAACCUGACAUAUCGUACCUCGCCGGAUACUCUGCGGCGAGUCUUUGAGAAGUACGGCCGGGUGGGCGAUGUCUACAUCCCCCGCGAUCGCUAUACCAAGGAGUCCCGUGGCUUCGCCUUCGUGCGCUUCCACGACAAGCGCGACGCCGAAGACGCCAUGGACGCCAUGGACGGCGCCGUGCUUGACGGCCGGGAGCUGCGGGUGCAGAUGGCCCGCUACGGCCGCCCGCCAGACUCCCACCACAGCCGCCGAGGACCGCCGCCCCGCAGGUACGGGGGAGGCGGCUACGGACGCCGGAGCCGCAGCCCGAGACGGCGUCGCCGCAGCCGUUCUCGAAGCAGGAGUCGCUCCAGAUCCCGAAGCCGAUCUCGUUACAGCCGGUCCAAGUCUCGUUCCCGUACUCGAUCCAGAUCUCGAUCUACCUCCAAGUCCAGGUCUGCCAGGAGAUCCAAAUCCAAGUCUUCCUCGGUCUCCAGAUCUCGGUCCAGGUCCAGAUCCAGGUCCAGAUCCAGAAGUCCUCCACCGGUAUCGAAGAGGGAAUCAAAGUCUAGAUCUCGAUCCAAGAGCCCCCCCAAGUCUCCCGAAGAAGAAGGAGCAGUUUCUUCUUAGGAUAAUGAUACCGCAGAGAGCAACAUAAUGGAUGACUUGGGGGGAAAAGACCACAUUCAGUCCAUUGAAGAGUCCCUGAAACAAGCAACUGGCUAUUGAAAAGGUUAUUUUGUAACAUUUUGUCUAACUUUUUAACUUGUUUUAAGCUGCCUCAGAUGGCAAACUUCAUUUUAUGUGCCAUUUUGUUGCUGUUAUUCAAAUUUCUUGUAAUUUAGUGAAGUGAACGACUACAGAUUUCAUUAUUGGCUUUGGAUAUUUGAGGUAAAUUUUCACUUUUGUUUAUAUAGUGCUGAUUUUUGUUUGAAAUUAAACAGACUCCUCCCAUAACAUAAUUUGUGGCCUCUUGAGUUUUGAGGAAACAUACAGCCAUUACAUGCUGAAUAGCCUAAUGCUAUCAAGAGAAGUUAACUCAACAUUGCCUUCAUUCCGUUAAAAAAAAAAAUCUACAAAACCUUGGUGUAAAUUUCUUUGUAAAAUGCUGGCUACUUUCAGAUACCAAAUAGUAUCUGAAUCCAAAUUUGUAUAAGAUUUUUCAGGUGACAAGACUUAAUUUUUGAAAGGAUUCUUUUACCAAACACAAUUCUAAUCUCUUCUCUUAUGUAUUUUUGUGCACUAGGCGCAGUUGUGUAGCAGUUGAGUAAUGCUGGUUAGCUGUUAAGGUGGCGUGUUGCAGUGCAGAGUGCUUGGCUGUUUCCUGUUUUCUCCUGAUUGCUCCUGUGUAAAGAUGCCUUGUCGUGCAGAAACAAAUGGCUGUCCAGUUUAUUAAAAUGCCUGACAACUGCACUUCCAGUCACCCGGGCCUUGCAUAUAAAUUACGGAGCAUACAGUGAGCACAUCUAGCUGAUGAUAAACACACCUUAUUUUUCCCCCCCAAAAAAAAAUGGUAAAUCUGAUCAUCUUCAUGUAUGAACUUGGCAUAUGAAAAAUGUAACAUUAAGGAAAGCAUUCCUUUGUAAGUACUGAUAACAUGGUGUAUCUUUUGCUUAUGAUAAUUCUGUAUUAUAACCACUGUUCUGUAGUUUACAAUUAAAACAUUUUUCUUGAUGUUAGCUUUUCUCUAAACUCAAUGUCUUGGUCUUAAUUUUUUUAAUAGUUUAAAAGACCUAUGCAACUAACCUGUGAAUGUCAUUAUUGACUGUACUCAAAAUUUUUUGAUUUUAUUUUUUACCUGAGUUUUUUUUCCCCCUUGAGUUAAAAUUGGGUACUACUGCUAACUUGGCAUACACCCAAGUUCAUUACUAAAAUCAGGGUACCAAAGUGUCAACAGCUCCUGCAUUGGCCAUUUUUAUAUUUUUCGCCUGUUAAAAAGGUGAAAGUCACCAAGUACUUAACUAAUAACUCUUGGGUCUAAAGAUCUAAGUCUUAUAAUUUUUAGGUAAAAUUUUAUGGUGGUUGCAUGCUUUGGUUUAUACUAAAGCUUUAUUUUACCAAGCCAAGUGAAUAAACAUAAAAAUGAUUAGGGUUUUUUCUUUUUCUCCCCCCCUUUUUUUUUUUUAAACAAUACUCUGCAAGUUAUUAUUCCUGGUUCCUACUAAGAAGGGUGGGCUUGUUAGUGGCUUUACUAUGCAGCAAGCACACUAAACAGAAUUGUGAUAUUGUUGAAAAGAAGCAUGUAGGAUUUAAUUGCUGGAGACAUAGGAACACUUCAGAGGACAUUCUUUGCCAAAGAAAUGAUCAUCAUUUCAACAGUAUGUCUUCCUGGAAGGGCAGAUUCUGCUAGAUGUUCUCUGUCGGCACCAAAAGACUCCAGAGGAAUAUGGAUGCAUUGCAGCUCCCACUUGUAGAGCAAAGCUUCAAGUGAACACUCGGCACUAAAGAAAAUAAAGAUUUUUCUUAACAAUGCA